CCUGUCCGAGCCAUGAGUGUGUUUGUGUGUGUUUUAAACUGGCCUGUUUUUGGGGAUGCAGAAUGUGGACUUGCUGAUUGUACAAGUCAACAUAUAUAGGAAGUGUGUGAGGUCUCUAGGAAAAGGAAGUCUGUAUUUUUCAAACUGUAAAUAGAGUACAUGCAUGGAACAUGGAGUGGCAUGCACUUGCAUUUUUUUUCUCUGAGGGGGGUAGGGUCCUUUUUUAAUUUACAAUUUCAGACAUAUUUAUUCAUUUUAGUUAUUUGCAAAUGGUUUUACAUGCAGAUUUUAGUUUACUUUUUUUUUUUUUAAACUGUUAUCUGGAUGGAUAACAUCCCAAAACAUGGAAGGAAAAAUCUUUCACACAGAGACCAUGCUAAAACACAAGGCUAGCAAGGCAAAUCCUAGCCUUAAUCUGAGCUCUGUGUGCUAAGGCUAACAUUAGCUCCUCUACUGAGACCAACAUUCAUCCAACCAACCAACCAAUCAAAUCCAUCCUGCCUGCCUGCCUGUUUGGUCCCCUGUCUGCCUCCUUCCGCCCCCCGAGUCUCAGUCCCAUCGCCUCCCCUCCGUUUACUGUAAACCAGCCCUCUAUUUUUCCGUUUUGUCUCGCAGGUGUGGUCAGAUGUCAUACACUACCAGCUGCCCCCUGAGAGCCAAAUUGAGUGACAUUCACUCUUGCAAGACAUGUCUCUAGUAUUUUUUUCUUUCUUUUCUUUUUCAUAUUUUUUUUUGUCUUUUUGUAUGCACCUUGUUUAAGUGUGGGAUGUAGCACUGAAAAUUCUGGUGAUGAGUGUCGAAGUGAGUUCAGCCAUUGAGGUACCGCAAGGGUGACAUGUGAUUGUAAGAUGGCCUUCCAUCUUACUCACUGCAGACUUCAUCCGAACGCUAAACAUCGGUCCUCUUUGAGAGGGUCCUCUUCCAGACAGGUUUCUGUGUCGAAGUGUGGCAGGCAAUAGGCUUUACACCAGUCAUGUUUAUGCAUAACAGUCCAUAACCAGGAGGCUAGUAUAAGUCUUGUUAGACUGUCCUUGUCCUGGCAGCCUUGUGUGAAGUAAGCCUCUUCGUAGAGGUUUUGAUAUCGGGCAGCCCCUAACAUACUCACAGACUUGUUACUCUACGCCCAGGAUAAAAGAAGAGGUUUGUUUACAGAACUGUGAUGUGAGGGAGGUUCAACACGCCAGAAGCAAGUUAAAUAUGUAAUGUAUGUAUGGAUGGAUGGAUGGAUGGAUGGAUGGUUGCGGGGCUUUCAAUGUCUAUGAUAUUAUGUCAAAUCUUUGUUAAUGCUGUCCACAGCAGCUUGCCUCCGUAGCCUUUGUACUCCGAUUUUGAGAAGCGUCUGAGAAGUACAGAUGUCACUAAAGAGUCGUGGUUUGAUAUUUUAUUUUUUAUUUGCUUUGUUUAAUUUUUGGACCAUUUUCAUCACAUCCCCUAGAAACGCAGACUGGGCCCUGCUCUGAGAAAUCCCAUGCCAGUUGCUAUGGUUUGUGUUUUGUGAGUGUCCUGGGAUGGCUACCCCGUUGCACUGACUCUGGAUUGGGGGAAUGUUAGGCUUACUGUGCUGGCUCUGCCAUUGAGAGUAAAGAUCUCACCAAAGUGUGAACUCUCUAAAUAUCGUUUAUGAGAAUCCUUUCUCUGAUAUGAGAGAGAUCAGAGACUGUCGCUUUCAUGUGUUCUAAUAACCAUUCUUACAAACAAAAGAUGUCCUAUUUAAAUAAAUGUCAUUUAAAAACUAUUAUCUGUCUGUGGCCUGUCAUUGGAUGUGUGAAUAUUGUCAUGAUGUGGGUGUCAUUGAAUGUUCAAUUCAAAGUGCCUCUGCACAGCCGUGACCAGAACAUUCGGUUGCACCUGGAAAUUAAAUCUAAAACUAUAUGUAGCCCAACAUGUUCCCCACGUGCUGUCAGUAUGUUUAAAUUCUUCACAUCUACCCUGCUCACUUACUUUUGGAAGUGCCCGAGCACGCAGGACCCCUGGGUGCGCGCACGCUGGACCCGUGCAUGCCAGGUUCCGCCCUUUGUGCAGCGAAACGAUAGUGGCAGAGACCCGACAAAGAAUUUAUUGCAGAAUUAUGUUUUUUAUGAACAGUUUUCCCCUAAACAAGGCGAGCUAUUGUUUUCUCACAACACCGAACAUGCCAUGGGCAAUUCAGAGCAAAUCACGAACCGUCCUCCAGUAGUGACUUCUGCAUCCACUCCAGAAAAAGAAAUGGAUACAGCGGAGCUGACCCCAAACAGCCCGGAGCCAAGGGCGAGGGAUGUCACAGCGACCCUUACGAAGAUCUACCUUUUCACCUAUAACCUGAUUCAGUUCUUGGGCUUUUUAUGGAUCUUCUCCAGUAUGACAGUGCAUCUUGUUCUUGAGGGGAAAGACUCAGUUUACCAUACCUUUAGGUUCUGUUGGACCAUGAUGUUCAUUUGUCAGAUUUUGGCGGUGUUUGAGGUAAUUAACCCUGCCUUGGGUCUGGUGAACACAGCAGUCUUCCCCGUCAUGGUUCAGGUCAUGGGGAGAAAUGUCAUACUGUUUGUCAUUUUUGGAAGCCUGGGGGAAAUGCAGACGCGCGUUGUGGUGUUCUUUGUCUUCUACCUGUGGAGCGUCAUUGAGAUCUUCAGGUAGGAAAAUUGGAAAAUUGCCAUGCUGGACCAUAGGGAAGAAGAGGGAGAAAUGUAGAGAUCUUUUGGAAUUUGAAUCGGAAUACUUCAUGGCUGAAGUGCUUUCUAACACUGUGUCAAUAUACUGUAUGUGUUUGCAAGACGUAUCUGAUCCAGUUAAGAGUGAAAAAUGCCCAAAUGUCUUUUGAAAGACACCUUUAUGCAUGUUACAAUUGAUAUGUUCACGUUUCUCUGCUU